AGAUACCAUAAAUAAAAUUAUCUUUCUCCCUGCCUCUGAUACAACUUUGCUAAUUAUGGAAGGGAAACAUGAAAUGCAAAGCAAUAUCCUCAUUAUCAGACAUCUGCCUAGCUCUCUAGACGCUUCCGAAAAAGAAUCUCUUUUGAAGCAUUUUGGUGCAGUCAGUGUGAAGUGUAUGGCGUGUUAUGGAAGAAUGAAACAUACUGCUUUUGCUUCAUUUGAGGAUUACAAUGCUGCUUCACAGGCUUUGGGUCGUCUUCAUCAGUUGAAUGUAUUGGGCCAUGCCUUGACAGUGGAAUUUGCCAAAACUAGGAGGCAGGUUGCCAUGGGAACACCAAGUAUUUCAGAUAAAUACCAACCAACUGUCGCAAGUAAUGAAGAGAAGGAGAAGAAGGAUGGAAAGUCCAAACCUUUCAGAAUUGAAGAUAUGCAUCAAAAGAGUAUGAUGAAGGCAAAUGGUCUGGCUCCAGAUUUUGGGCUUUCCCAUCCUAUAAACCCUAAACUGAAGUACCAUUAUCCACCACCUACCGUCAGUAUUCUAAGUAACAUUGUCAAUGCUUUGGCUUCGGUUCCCAAGUUCUACGUCCAGACAUUACAUCUGAUGAAUAAGAUGAAUCUGCCAGCUCCAUUUGGUCCUCUUACUCCAGCUCCUCCACUGGAAGAUGAUCAGAUAGUUGCCCCUCCAGAGCCUGUUGAUAACACCCCCGCUGAAAUGGAAGUAUCAAGUUCCAGUGAAGGGUCAGAGUUUGAGAGCGAUGAAGAGAGUAGAGAGUUAGCCAAGAAAUUGAAUCGCCAGCUUGGUCACACAGCCGUCAAACGACCUUCCAAGAAGAAGCCAGCAGCCCAACGAAAGCGACCUUGUCUCCAGGACAUGAUCACUACCGCUGCUGCAGCCAGGCCAACUGACCCGACCCCAGGGGUCAGUGUGGUCACCAGAACGGAGGUGUUUGACCCAACCCAGGCACCUAAGAAACCAGAGAUUAGGCUCGCUGAAAGCAUCACAAGUGCUGUGGAGAGACAGAUCCAACAAGGACAAACAGGCAUCAUUGAGGACACGCCCAUUCCAACUGAUGCCACUAGUUCUCAAGAGAUAGGAGGCUUUGGGACAUUCCAACCCCCUCUGAAGGCAUCAGAUCCUGGAGAGGAAGAAGAUGAUGAAGAGGAAGAAGAUGAUGGACCAGAGUCAGCGGAGUUCAUCACCAGAGAGCAACUCAAGAAAAAGCUUUCUAAAGACGAAAUGAAACAUAUAUCUGUCUUCAAGAACUACUCGUCGGGCGAACCGACCACCAGACUGUACAUCAAGAACCUAGCCAAGCAAAUAGAAGAAAAGGAUUUGAAAUUCAUUUAUGGAAGAUACAUUGACUGGACUUCACCAUUAGACAAAGACAUGUUCAACAUCCAGCUGAUGAAGCAAGGUCGUAUGAAAGGUCAAGCGUUUGUUGGUCUGCCCAGUGAGCUUGCUGCACAACGGGCUCUGAGAGAUACCAACGGUCUCCUGGUCAAUGAUAAACCUAUCGUCGUUAGUUUUGCACGAUCAGCCAAACCUAAGGAGAAAGAAGACCCUAAACAGAAGAAGAAGGAAGCUGCCAAGAAACCCAGAGAUGCAAGGCGGAUAUGAAAAUGUUGCUACUUUGUCAAUCAGACUCAAGGAUAUCACCAAGGUCUCAAGCAGUGAAGAAGAAGACAUAUUGGGAACAUGCUGAUAGAAAAAUCAGUACAAACAGAGGAAGAUCUAGACGAUUCUGACCUCGGCGUGUUGUAUAGGUGUCAUAAAUGAUGGGGUUCCUAAGAACAAUAUCAGCACUUUCAAUGGGUUAUGCAAUAAGCCAGGUGCGUUGCAAUGCCGGUGCAUAAGUCAUCUUUAAUAUGCAUACUUGAAAACCCAUCAAUAAGAAAUUCCCAUAGAAAAGUGGCACCCAAGUCAAAUUGGUCUACAGAUCAUACAGAAGGAUAGGUAAAGCUUUUAAGAAACUCAUAAAUCAGGAAUUGGAAAAGGUUCUUGGUACAUCUACAGAAAUGUUACAUUUUUUCAGGGAGUAGAAGAAUAUUGUAAGAAUUUCAGAGAUACAUGACAGACCAGACUCAGUCUGUAACACCCUGAAGAUAGCUUGCCUGGUAGAGAUGAGCCACUCAGAGAUGAAGAGUGAGAAACACUAGUACCAAAGAAGCAAACACUGAUAACAAAUGUCUUCGAAAAUGAAUCUUGGUACAGAGCUUUUGGUUACGCAGUUACAAAGGUAAUUAAUUGCCUGUGAGAAACCAUGAAGAAGUUUGUAAAUCCCAUUUAGAGAACCUCCAAAGAUCUUGAGUCUUUCAACCCCACAGCCAGACUGUGUACCCUCCACAAGACAGGAUUUCUGUAGUGACCUGAGAAGAAGAAGAUGGGUUGGUUAAGGCCUGGUCACACCGCCAGAGCGUUGUUUGAGCGGUAGGGAGAGAGGG